UUGAUUGGAUUAUCACGGUGCCACUGAAGCUUCUUCACCCUUCAACUAUCCGAAUAUCGGUCUCCAACAAAAGGUCACAGAGCUGGGUGCGAAGGAAGAAGGCGAUGACUGUAGCAGCAGGGAUCGGCUACACCUUGAUAGCGUUGGGCCCUUCUCUCUCCCUUUUCAUCUCCGUCAUUGCCCACAAGCCCUUCUUGAUUCUCACUCUCCUCUCCAGCACCCUGUUAUGGCUCAUUAGUUUGAUACUGCUGUCUGCGUUAUGGAGGGGCUUUCUUCCACUGAACUCAACCAUAUUAUGGCCUUAUGCAAUUCUUAUAUUGACGUCAGUCAUAUUUCAAGAAGCUCUACGGGUUCUUUUCUGGAAAGUCUACAGGAAAUUAGAAGACAUGUUAGAUGCUUUUGCUGACAGAGUUUCAAAGCCGCGACUAUAUUUGACAGAUAAGAUGCAGAUUGCUCUAGCUGGGGGUUUAGGUCAUGGUGUAGCUCAUGCCGUGUUUUUCUGUCUUAGCCUUCUAACACCAUCAUUUGGUCCAGCCACUUACUUUGUUGAUCGGUGCUCCCAGCUACCAUUUUUUCUCGUCUCUGCUAUCAUUGCUCUUGCAUUUGUCACUAUCCAUACUUUCUCUAUGGUCAUUGCAUUCAAUGGAUAUUCAGAGAAGAAGAAAGUGGACCAGUAUUUUGUUCCAGUCAUCCAUCUUGCCGCGGGAAUGGUGACGCUGGUAAACUUUGCAUCUGGAGGUUGUGUAAUUGGUAUCCCUCUGCUAUAUAUAAUGGCAAGUCUAACCUUGAUUCACUGUGGGAAAAUGGUUUGGAGAAGAUUGAUGGAAAGCCGAAGUAGCCAAGGUAGUCGGUAACAUCGUUAACCCUUCUUCUGCAGUAAUAUUGCUAACCAGCAUCUUGAAGAAGGUAUCUUCGAGAGAACAUCUAUUCCCCAUGUGUCUUCGUCCAUUAUUCAUUCGGGAAUCUGCAAGUGAAAACACCCGUAUUUUUCGAUGAACACGGUGAACUCGACUUUAUAGCCUAUGGAAAUGUCAUUUGUUUCUUCUGAACAAGAACCCAGCAUUAACAUGAUAACACAUUUCUUAAAAGUAUUGAUUAUAUUUCUGUAUUACUUAUGGUUUCUU